AUGAGGGAGACAGGAGGGGGCGUUUCGGGAUUUGGAAAUCCAGGAUUCUUUGGGACUGGCAGUGAGGGUGAUCCAGGAUUCCUUGAGACUGGCAGUGAAGGUGGUCCAGGAUUAGGAAAUCCCGGAUUCUUUGGGAUGGGUAGAGACGGUGGUCCGAGAUUUGGUAGUCUUGGAGUUGGGACUGGCAACGAUGGAGGAUCGGGAUUUAAACCCGAAAGGGUUGGGAUUGGUAGUGAGGGUGACUUGAGAUUUGGUAGUUUCGGGUCAUUUGGGACCGGCGACAAGGGAAGAUCGGGGUUUUCCGUUCCUGGGAAGGUUGGGUCUUGUAUUGAGGGUGACUCGGGAUUUGGUAGUUUCGGGUCAUUUGGGACUGGCGACAAGGGAAGAUCGGGGUUUUCCGUUCCUGGGAAGGUUGGGUCUUGUAUUGAGGGUGACUCGGGAUUUGGUAGUUUCGGGUCAUUUGGGACUGGCGACGAGGAAAGAUCAGGGUUUUCCGUUCCUGGGAAGGUUGGGUCUUGUAUUGAGGGUGAUUCUGGAUUUGGUAGUUUAUGGUCAUUUGGGACUGGCGACGAGGGAAGAUCGGGGUUUUCCGUUCCUGGGAAGGUUGGGUCUUGUAUUGAGGGUGACUCUGGAUUUGGUAGUUUCGGGUCAUUUUGGAAUGGCGACAAGGGAAGAUCAGGGUUUUCCGUUCCUGGGAAGGUUGGGUCUUGUAUUGAGGGUGACUCAAGAUUUGGUAGUUCCGGGUCAUUUGGGACUGGAGACGAGGGAAGAUCGGGGUUUUCUGUUCCUGGGAAGGUUGGGUCUUGUAUUGAGGGUGACUCUGGAUUUGGUAGUUUCGGGUCAUUUGGGACUGGCGACGAGGGAAGAUCGGGAUUUUCCGUUCCUGGGAAGGUUGGGUCUUGUAUUGAGGGUGACUUAGGAUUUGGUAGUUUAGGGUCAUUUGGGACUGGCGACGAGGGAAGAUCGGGGUUUUCCGUUCCUGGGAAGGUUGGGACUUGUAUUGAGGGUGACUCGGGAUUUGGUUGUUUUGGGUCAAUUGGGACUGGUGACGAUGGAAGAUUGGGGUUUUUCAUUCCCGGUAAAGUUGGGUCUGGUAGGGAAGGUGUUUCGGGAUUCGGUUGUCUUGAGCCAAUUGGAACUGGAAAUGCGGGAAGAUCAGGGUUUCCCUUAUCUGGAGUUGGGUCUGGUAGAGAGGGUGACUUGGGAUUUGGUAGUCCCCAGCUAUUUGGGACUGGUAUUGACGGUGAGUUGGGCGUUGGUAGAUCUGGAUCUACCGUUUGGGCUAAACGAGCCUCACCUAAUUGUAUCAACUAG